AGCGCAAGGAAGGUGAGAGAGAGAAGGGAGGAGAGGAAAGAGGGACUAUAGUUGUGUAAAUUACUUUAAAGAAGUAGGGCGACCGUGUUUCUGUCGAAUUGUAAUUUUCUUCGUAUAGAAGGAAGACAGCAUUGCUUGUUGAACUAAUGAAAAUGUUUAAAUAAAAGCCAAAUGAUGUUGUCCACAAGCAGUCUACUUCUCCCGUAGAAAAGGAGACUAUCCGAAAGUCAUGGAGCGCAGAGAAGAUAUAGAAACAAGCUAGCGUCAAACGACUAUAACUAGGUGCACGGACCAAGAAACUUGAACCAGGUGGAACCGGUGAGAAAAUGGAUUUUAGCACAAUUCGGAACCUCAUCAGCAGAUACUGUACCGGGGAGGACAACUGGGUGGACAACAGGACAGUGUACAUUGCUCACAAGGAGCCCCCACCCGGAGCAGAGGCUUACAUCCCCCAGCGUUACCCCGACAACCGCAUUGUCUCCUCCAAGUACACGUUUUGGAAUUUCAUACCGAAGAAUUUGUUCGAGCAGUUUAGGAGGAUUGCAAAUUUUUACUUUCUUAUCAUAUUCCUUGUACAGUUGAUCAUUGACACACCCACCAGUCCCAUCACCAGUGGACUGCCUUUAUUCUUUGUCAUCACUGUCACAGCCAUCAAACAGGGCUAUGAGGACUGGCUCAGACACAAGGCGGACAACUCCAUCAACCAGUGUCCCGUCCUCGUGGUGCAGCAUGGGAAGGUGAUUCGCAAGCAGAGCCGCAAUCUCAGGGUAGGAGAUGUGGUGCUGGUGAAGGAGGAUGAGACCUUCCCAUGUGACCUGGUCCUCCUCUCCUCCAGUCGGGAGGAUGGGACUUGCUUCGUCACCACCGCCAGCCUGGAUGGGGAGUCCAGUCACAAGACCUACUAUGCAGUGCAGGACACCAAGGCCUUCAGCACAGAGGAAGACAUGGACACCCUGCAGGCCACCAUUGAAUGUGAACAACCACAGCCAGACCUCUACAAAUUUGUGGGCAGAAUCAAUAUAUAUCUGAACAGAGAUGAGCCCAUCGCCAGGCCUUUGGGGUCAGAGAACCUUUUACUCCGAGGAGCCACACUAAAAAACACAGAGCACAUCUAUGCUGUGGCCAUCUACACUGGCAUGGAGACAAAGAUGGCUCUCAACUACCAAUCCAAAUCCCAGAAACGCUCGGCUGUGGAGAAGUCGAUGAAUGCCUACCUGAUCGUCUACCUAUGCAUCCUGAUCAGCAAGGCUCUGAUCAACACAGCACUGAAGUAUGCAUGGCAAGCCAACCCAGACCGAGAUGAGCCCUGGUACAACCACAAGACCGACGGCGAGAGGCAGAGACACGUUUUGAUAAGGGCAUUCACAGACUUCCUGGCCUUCAUGGUGCUGUUUAAUUACAUCAUCCCAGUCUCCAUGUACGUUACUGUGGAGAUGCAGAAGUUCCUGGGCUCCUACUUCAUCAUGUGGGAUGACGACAUGUUCGACGAAGAGCUGGGCGAGAGGGCUCAAGUCAACACCUCCGACCUCAACGAGGAGCUGGGACAGGUGGAGUACGUGUUCACGGACAAGACGGGCACCCUGACGGAGAACAACAUGGAGUUCAUCGAGUGCUGCGUGGACGGCCACGUCUACGUGCCCCACGCCGUCUGCAACGGUCAGGUGAUGCCCGGGGCGGUGGGCAUGGACAUGAUCGACUCAUCGCCCGGCCCGGAGGGCAAGGAGAGCGAGGAGCUGUUCUUCCGGGCUCUGUGUCUGUGUCACACGGUCCAGGUGAAGGAGGCGGAGACGGUGGACGGCAUCAAGCAAGGCCUCCACCAGGGCAAGGCCACCUCCUUCUACAUCUCCUCCUCGCCCGACGAGGUGGCCCUGGUGGAGGGCAUGAAGAGGCUUGGUUUCACCUAUCUCCGACUGAAGGACAACCACAUGGAGAUUCUAAAUAGGGAGGACGAGAUCGAGAGGUUCCAGCUGCUGGAUGUGCUGACCUUCGAUUCGGUCAGGAGAAGGAUGAGCGUGAUUGUGAGAUCCAGCACAGGAGAGAACUACCUGUUCUGUAAAGGGGCCGAUUCGUCCAUCUUCCCAGGGUCAUUCUGGCAAGAGAUUAUUAUUAUUAGGUUGGUGGUGGAGGGUCUCCGGACGCUGUGUGUGGCGUACAGGAAGCUGAGCCCCGCCCAGUACGAGGAGGCGUGUCACCUGCUGAACGGGGCAAAGCUGGCCCUGCAGGACCGGGACAAGAAGCUGGCUGAGGCCUAUGACCUCGUGGAGAAGGAUCUCAUCCUGUUGGGAGCCACCGCUGUGGAGGACAGACUCCAGGACAAGGCAGCCGACACCAUUGAGUCCCUCCACAAGGCGGGCAUGAAGGUGUGGGUCCUGACCGGGGACAAGAUGGAGACAGCGGCAGCCACGUGCUACGCCAGCAAGCUGUUCCGCCGGAGCACCCUGAUCCUGGAGCUGACCACCAAGCGCACGGAGGAGCAGAGCCUGCACGACGUGCUGUUCGACCUGAGCAGGACCGUGCUCAGGCAGCAGGGCGGCAUGACCCGGGACAGCCUGUCCGGCCUGUCAGGAGACUGCCAGGACUACGGCCUCAUCAUCGACGGGGCCACCCUGUCUGCCGUCCUCAAGCCCAGCCAGGACGACUCCAGCUCGGGGAACUACAAGGAGAUCUUCCUGGAGAUCUGCCGUAACUGCAGUGCAGUGCUGUGCUGCCGCAUGGCCCCCCUGCAGAAAGCACAGAUAGUGAAGAUGAUCAAGGCAUCCAAGGAGCACCCCAUCACGCUCGCCAUCGGGGACGGCGCUAACGACGUUAGCAUGAUUCUGGAGGCUCACGUGGGCAUUGGCAUCAUGGGUAAGGAGGGCCGGCAGGCGGCUAGGAACAGUGACUACGCCAUACCAAAGUUCAAGCACCUGAAGAAGAUGCUGUUGGUGCACGGACACUACUACUACAUCCGCAUCUCUGAGCUGGUCCAGUACUUCUUCUACAAGAAUGUCUGCUUCAUUUUCCCACAGUUUCUCUACCAGUUCUUCUGUGGUUUCUCCCAACAACCGCUGUACGACACGGCCUACCUGACUCUGUACAACAUCAGCUUCACCUCCCUCCCCAUCCUCCUCUACAGCCUCAUCGAGCAGCACAUCAACAUGGACAUCCUCAAGAAGGAUCCGUCCCUCUACAGAGACAUAGCUAAGAACUCGCUGCUACGUUGGCCUAUCUUCAUCUACUGGACCUUCCUGGGCUUGUUUGACGCUGUUGUCUUCUUCUUUGGGGCUUACUUCCUGUUUGACAACACCACCUUCACCAGCAAUGGACAGAUGUUUGGCAACUGGACGUUUGGGACGCUGGUGUUCACUGUGCUGGUGUUCACUGUCACUCUGAAGCUGGCCCUAGACACGCACUACUGGACGUGGAUCAACCACUUUGUCAUCUGGGGCUCCCUCCUCUUCUACGUCAUCUUCUCCCUGCUGUGGGGGGGCAUCAUCUGGCCCUUCCUGAACUACCAGAGGAUGUACUACGUGUUCAUGCAGAUGCUGUCCAGCGGGCCGGCCUGGCUCAGCAUCAUCCUGCUCAUCACCGUCAGCCUGCUGCCGGACGUGGUCAAGAAGGUGCUCUGUAGAGCCCUGUGGCCCACCACCACCGAACGCAUCCAGAAUGCAGACAAGCUGUACAAGGGCCAGCUCUCAGAGUUCACCCCCAUGGCUUCUCUCCACGCCCCCAGGAACAAGAGGGCCGAGCCCCACAAUCUCAACCCAAGGAGGUCUGAACCCUUCACCAAAAAGCUCAUGUUCACCCAGUGGCGGAGGAAGCCCAACUACUGCACUUUCACCCCUCUCAUCCGAUUCGCUGGUAGCUCUCGUCUCUCCAGAGCGGGCUACGCCUACAAUGGGGCGGGUCCUGAGACUUCUGUGUAGACCAGACUAGUCUAGUCUCAUAGACUGGAGUUUCUCUCUGUUUUAGAAUACAUGUCUGGGACCAGAGCCUAGAAUCCUGUAGGUUACUCAGCCUGCAGUUUGCAAGGCGCCAAUAUCGCCCCCUGGAGGUCGGUGGCCCGAACCCCACCUGUUACACAGGUCCUAUUAAGACUACAGGUGCACACAUGGAUGCUGUUCUAAGGCCCUGCACUGCAGGGAAACCUGAUGAAACCUGACGGUUCUCAAGAGCACCUAACCGAUAUAUACUUACAGAAGUACGACACUCUUUCACAGCACACACAUCCACACACGUCCCCCCUGUGCCUCAGCGUUGUAGCUGAGGGGACUCAGAGGAGCCUGUGGGGGACAGCUGUUGGGCGCUGGGUUGUCAACUCUCCUCGUGAUGUCACAAACAAACCCCUUAGGCUGUCGAUGGUGUCGCAUGUGCUCUGACUGACCAAAUUGUCCUGUGUCUUCUCUUUUUUUCUUCUUUACUUUGUUCUCUUCCUGUCUGCCUCUUCUAGAACAAACUGGUGUUGCCUCUGUGCAAAUCUGUUUUGGAGGAACACACCAUAGGAUAGAUUUAUCUUAUCCUAUUGCAUUCGACACUCGAACGGAUACAUCCUUUCACUCCUCCUCCUCUCCUCUUCUCUCAUCCAUUCCUCCCAUCAGCCAAUCAUCCUCUAAUCCAUGCACUGCUUCACCUUGUUUGGCAUCCCUCAGUCCAUUCAUGCAUCCAUCCAUCCCAAAGAGACACAACCACCUUUAAAGAAAGAAAGAACAGGGUGGGAGAUAUGUAUGGUACUUGCCCAAAACCAAGGAUUUUAUAAACACAAUUUGAACAGCUUGGAAGGAGAUGCCUUGUGGUACUAUCUGAAAUGUAACUCAGUAUGUGCUGUAAAUCUGUUAAAUGUGGUCGUCUGUAUCUGUUAAAGCCACUUCGGGUCACACUGACCUUUUCUGGAUGUGCUGUGUUGAGCAUGUGGUUGUGCAUAGGAAAUGUCAAGACAUGAACGAACGUUGUCCUUCUGGAAAGAAAAGGCAUGACUGUUCAUACAGGACAGACCAACGUCAGAGCCAUAACACUGGAAUGUUUGAGCUACUGUUGCGACAAGGUUAACACUGAAUGAAUUCCUAAUGAAUGAUGUAUCCGUGAGUUAUUUUGGAGUGACAAAGCGAAUGCCACUAGGGUCAUGGGUUUGGAUUCAAUGGACUGGGGUCGUCUGUGUGGGCAGUCUCACUGUGACUGUUUCUUUUUAAUGGGGGUGGGGUGUUUUGUGUAUAUUCAUGUUGAGUCACGUAGACUGUUGGCAUGCACUUCCUGUGAGUCACAGAAAGUAUCCCUGGUCCCACAAAGCUUGUGUUUUUGGCGACUCAAGCAGUCUGCAUUCUGAGAGUGCAUAUCAGCAGCAUCUCUAACUGAUGGUUCUGAAACCUACUGGAAAAACAUGACGUCUUUUACUCAUUCCCUGUGGCAUUUCAUCUACCAUGUCUGACCUUGCAAUGUACUUGCUUAAAAAAAACUUGCACUGUUUCUUUACCAUGGAAACUGAUUAUCCAUAUUGAUCAAGUUAUGUUACAUUGAAAUUCAUUGGGUAAAAUGUCUAAAAUCUCAUAUUGUCUUGUUUCUAACUAGUUUCUAAGUUCUUAAUUCUUUUAAGAUCUAUUUUUAUCUUUUGUAAUAAGAGAUAAAUAUUGAUCUUCUGACUAUAAACUAUUGUGAAAGAGUAUAGAUUAUGUAAAUUUUACUGUUCUAGUUAUGUUUGUUGUUACAAAAAAAAAUCCCUCAGGAUAACAAAUGUAUAAAAAGGCCUGUUUUUUUUAUUACAAAAUACAUCCUAAACCGGAUCACAUGACGUCUUGUUGCGGCCAUGAUAGCAGCCACAUAUGCUAUUGAACAAAUGUCUAGCGAAAUCAUUGCUGUUGACUUCAUUUUGAAUGAAUCUGACACUGAAUAAUAGAAAAUCAGGGCAUAGAAGUUUCAGUGUUGUGAUUUAAUGCCCAUUAGAACCUAUCCUUUGAUCAGAAUCAUCUAAAGUAGAUAUUUUAUAUUUUAUUUGAGAGAAAUCAUGUUUUGCUACUUUUCUAUUCAGAUGAGAUGGUCACUAAACUUUUUAUUUGUUUGAGUUGAGUUUUGUAACAACCAAAAUACAAAAAAAGAUACAAUGAGAGAGAACCAUCUAAAUCAAGACGGUAUAGCUUUACGAUUCUGCUUCCAACACUAUACUUAAAACUACGCUUAAGAACUACGCUUAAGUCCUGACUAAAAGAGUUUCUGUAUGUUUCUGCCUGUCUGUAGAAGUCCAGUUGUUCUAGGCUUUCUGUACAGCAUUGACUACAAAGGCUGAUAAAAGGUAUGACUAUAUAUUCUCUAUAUUGUCCUACAAUGCUGUUUGUUUGCAGACUUAGUGGCAAGCUUUACUGAUUAACAGAAU